CAUGCUUGAUGCCUCGGGUCUUUUUCUGUGAACUGUGGCAAACAAGUUGUGCUUGGAGCUGCUGAGGGGGCUGCUGCUAAUCGGCAAGCAAACAGGCGUGACAACGUGCCAAGAGUGCAGCAAAUGAGCUUCCUUGGAAAACCUUUCUAUGAUCUUUAGAAUAGCAACUCUCAGAUUUGCCCACUGAACGGCACAAGUCAUGUACCAAGUUGUACCUGGAGGAGCGGGAGGCACAAUUACAGAUGUUAUCCCCAAGCAGAAACACAGCAAGGACACUCAACCCUUAGUUGGAGCUGGAGUAAUCGGCCUGGUGCUGCUAAUUGCCGCAGUGACCGCAUGGUGUUAUUACAUAGCCUCUCUACGCAAAGCUGAGCUGCUUAAGACUCAGCUCCUGGAUCUGAAUAAAGAUGGCUACAUUAUCCGUAACCAGGGAGGGUCUAUUGUUUUCAGAAUGGAUUUCAGGUCAGGUACGCUGGAUUUGGAUUCAUGCUCCAAAGAAGGGGAAAUGCUGAGCUGUGAACGCACCACUGAUAGAAAACUAAACUUCUUCAUUGAGACAGUGCGACCCAAGGACCCGGUACAAUGCUACCGUGUGCGUUGGGAGGAACUGGUUCCUGACAUUCCUGUUGAGCAUGCUAUGACGUACAAGUUUGCACACUGGUAUGGGGGUGCAGUGUCAGCAAUUCAACACUGGCCGAUUUCUAUUUCUGGCCAACAGGCUCCCAAACCAUUUGUUACUAGUGACAUCUACUCAAACCGGAAUGAAUUUGGUGGAAUUUUGGAGAGUUAUUGGCUUUCAUCCAAUGCCACGGCCAUUAAGAUAAAUAAUUCCGUGCCUUUCCACCUGGGCUGGAAUGACACAGAGAAGACCAUGUCCUUCCAGGCGCGAUACAAUGACAGUCCCUUUAAGCCAAUCCCAGGGGAGGCACCAUGUGCUGAACUUAGCUACAGAAUAUGCGUGGGCUUGGACGUGACAUCCAUACACAAGUACAUGGUCCGCAGAUACUUCAACAAACCAAACAAAGUGCCUGCCAAAGUCAUGUUUCGCCAUCCUAUAUGGUCGACCUGGGCGCUACAUAAGACUGACAUUGACCAAGAGAAAGUCUUGACGUAUGCUGCCAACAUCCGCAAGUAUAAGUUUAACUGUAGCCACCUGGAAAUAGAUGAUCGCUACACCAGCCGCUACGGAGAAUUUGAGUUUGACCCAACAAAGUUUCCCAAUGCCUCGGCCAUGUUCCAAAAGCUGAAAUCAAAUGGAUUUCUGGUGUCACUCUGGAUUCACCCUUUUGUUAACUAUGACUCAGAAAACUUCCAUACUUGCGUAGAGAGGGGGCUGUUUGUCCGGGAGCCUACAGGCCGGCUGCCAGCCUUGGUGCGCUGGUGGAAUGGUAUUGGCGGCAUUUUGGACUUCACAAAUCCAGAAGCCCGUGAUUGGUUUUCCUCCCAGCUACGUUCACUGCGCUCGAGGUAUGGGGUGUCCUCUUUUAAAUUUGACGCUGGGGAGACCAACUACUUACCAUGGAAAUUUAGUACCAGAACUCCCAUUCGGGACCCGAGUUUUUUCACAAGACGUUACACAGAAAUGGCUAUUCCCUACAAUGAUCGAGCUGAGCUGCGCAGUGGCUACCAGUCCCAGAACAUAUCCUGCUUCUUCGGACCAGUUGACAGAGACUCUGUUUGGGGCUAUGAGUUGGGUCUCAAAUCUCUUAUCCCCACAGUGCUCACCAUCAGCAUUCUUGGCUAUCAGUUCAUUCUACCUGACAUGAUCGGAGGGAAUGCAUAUCUAAACCGCACAGAUGGAAAUAGUGUAUUACCCGACCGAGAACUCUAUAUCCGCUGGCUGGAGCUGUCGGCCUUCAUGCCCUCCAUGCAGUUUUCUAUUCCGCCAUGGGAAUACGACAACGAGGUGGUUGAAAUUGCUCGGAAAUACACAGCCCUCCAUGAAAGUAUUGUGGCGCCACGGGUCCUGGAGCUGGCUGGGGAGGUGCUGAACACCGGGGACCCAAUCAUACGACCCCUGUGGUGGAUUGCCACAGGUGAUGAGACAGCCUAUAAAAUCGACUCCCAGUUCUUGAUUGGGGAUGACCUCAUGGUAGCCCCAGUUUUAGAGCCUGGAAAGCAAGAGCGUGACAUCUACCUCCCUGCCGGCCGUUGGAGAAGCUACAAGGGAGAGAGAUUUGAUAUCAAGGAGCCACUGCAUCUCACAGACUAUCCUGUAGACCUGGAUGAAAUUGCUUACUUUGUUUGGGUGUAGCAAGAAGGGAAUCUUGAUUAGCCUUUGCUGCAAUUUUCUCGUAAGAAAAGCUUCACGAAUUUAGCUUUUAUGCUUGACUUUUAUGCUUAUAUAAAAAGGUUGUUUGUUAUGGAAAAGCUUUUGUGCAACGAAAUAGGAAUACUUUUUAAAUUACAACACUACGUUGCAUCGCAAAUGUAAAACAUCCUCUAAACCUCAUCUUAAUUUUUAAUUUCAUUUUAAUGAAUGUAUUAUUCAUAUUUUUUGUUGUUGCAUUUUUCAUGUUGUAUUGCAAAGAUAGCUAGGUAGUGUCCUUUAAAGGUUCUGUACUUGACAUUCAGAACAUUAAUAUAGCAGUAAACAACUAUUUGCGAAUGAAGUCACACUCCCUCUGUGUGUGUUGUGAUCUGAGCAUCUCUGUUCUUUGUUUUGAUAGCCGGUCCGGCUGCAUGUUAAGUUUAUGUGAGUGCUUUUUGCGUCGGUAUCGGACGCCGAUGGCCGUGACAAAGCAUCAGUUUUUGAUGAGGUGGGAAACGGUCUGUGAGAGCUGUGGGGAGGCAAUCCCAGUUCACUUUUUCAGUAUUUUGAGUACAGCAUCUGUUGUCACUACGAGUGCAGAUGUGAGUUGCGCAUGCUCAGAUUUAAACGGUUUAUGGCAUAAUGCCAAGGGAUCCGGCAAACGUUUUAGUUAUCUAUGAUUGUUUGACGUUAGCUCAAAACGCCAUUCAAGUGACUGCCUUUGUUGUAUUUGAUUGCUAACUUAUAGCCAGCAGUGAACGAACUUCGUUAUGUAGGUCGAUUUUUAUUGUAUUGACAUUACAGAAGUCUCUCGUUGGCAGGUUCUUGUAGGCUACUUCAGCCUCUAAUCUAGAACUGACAUCAAGGAUCAUGCCGUGAAAAUGUGAUGCUUUACGCUAAAUAAUAAAUUACUGUUAUGUAAUGUAGCUAUCUCAUUAUUCUGUGGCUAACAGCAAAACAGAUCUGCGUGAAAUCUGGUCUUUUUCGCAAAGUGACACAUGCGCAACUCACAUCAGCACUCGACUCACACCGGGUAGUGACACCUAUAAAGAGAGACUGUUUAACUUUUUCUGAGUAGCAGCCACUGUAGCCAUGAGUGACAAUUAUGGGGUAAUAAUCUAUGUAAUAUAACAGUAGCACAAGUAGAGAAGAGUCAUACAAGUCAACAAGCAGACUCAAUCAGUAACGCCAGGUACACAGCAAGUCACGUAAAUAACAUUUGUCGAAAAGGGAACAUGUAACAUUUGUCAAAAAGGGAAUAUUUAAACUGUGAAUAAAGUAAAGCAUUGUAUGCCAUAAUGUUAAAUUUAAGCCAAACAGAUUGUAUCAUGGGAGGACAAUUGAAGGGGUGUCAUUAUCGUCAUUAAGCAGACAGUAGGUUACAUAAAACCGAACUAUAAAAUUUCAGUUUGACUGAGAUAUCCUUCUUUCCUAUGACACUAAUGACUCUUCUGCUCCAAGAUACUUUUCAGGAAGUCAGGUUUAAUGCUUCACUUAUCAGGAUGAAUGUUUGAAGUUUCAUCAUUACAAACCGAAUGUGCUCUCAUUUGUGGAAUACAUUGUCAUGUAACUACUCUUAGCCCAGAGGAAGAUGCCUUUUAUUAGGCACUAAAUAUUUUAUGUUCUUCCUCAGGUAACAGCUUUUUCUGGCUGUAGUGUGUGUUUUGAAGUGUUUGGGGUGUGUCUGUCUGAAUUCAGCUAGUCAUAACAUAAGCCUCUUUCCGACCGGAGGGAUUUUUUGCAGUUCCUAGAACAUAAUGUUCCUAGAACCCUUUUUUUAUUGUGUUCCGACUGGACCAAUUUGUGGAUUAUUAAAUUCCUUUGGCCACAGUUCCUGUAACUCUUUCCACUCCUACUUCAGGGCAGGAUCUUUUCCCUUUUCCGCAUAGUGGUGGUUAG